UCUGAAAAUCUGCGUACUUCCGGUUUAGCGGCUACGCUUCGUAUUUUCGUUUUAUAGGAAAAAACCACAAAAAGGAUUAACGGAGUAAAACGUUGUUAGUCUGUCUCGUUUUUAGCUCUCGGGGACUAUCAAAAGGUACACGGACCCUUGAGUCUCAUGGUUGGGUACCACGAUGCUGUAGCGUCAAAUCCAUCCACCGUGAUUACAAGUCUCUUAGUAGCUUCCUUGUCUCACACACCCUCCAAACUCUCAAGUAAGCGGAUAUCAUGCACUUCCGGUUAUCUCCGCUGGCUGUUAGCCGUCCAGACUAACCGAAUGAAUUCUGACAAUGACAGCACUGGAAUAGCUGACUGAAAAUGAGGGUCGUGCUGAUAGUCGCCUUUCUGGCUCCUUGUUGGGUCAAUUGUGCUAUUAAAUCCAGAGUUGUUGCGGAAGACAAGCACGAAGAAAACCCGGAAUUCGAUGCUCUGAGCUCCAUCCUGUCAGAUUUCGAGGUGCUGCCAUUGUCAGGCCUCCAGCUGCACUCCGUGAGGAAGAGGGACGUCCAGACGCGGUCCCACGUGGAGCGCUUAGUGAGCUUCAGAGCCCUGCACAGACAGUUCAAGCUUUACUUGACCACCAACACAGAUCUCUUCACUGACAACUUUAAAGCUGUGUUUGUUGAUAAACACGGGAGGGAGGAUAACUUUAAUGUUAAUCUUCAGAACUAUUUCACUGGACAUGUUGUUGGAGAGCAGAACUCCCGCGUGCAGGCACAUAUAGAAGGAGAUGAGUUUUCUGCUCACAUUCUAACUGAUGAGGCUGAGUACAACGUAGAGCCCCUGUGGAGGUUCACAGACUCCCCAGCCGAUGGCAGACUGCUGGUUUACCGCUCGGACGACAUUAAGAAUCUGAGCCGCAUCUUCUCUCCGAAAGUGUGCGGUUACAUCCACGCGGAGGCUUCAGACCUGCUGCCACAGGCUUCCAGGAGGGAUGGGGACGGGCAGGAGGAGGAGGUCCAGGAAGGGGGGCCCCACCACAGAGAGAAGAGACAGACUCAUGAUCACAAGAAGAAUACCUGCCCCCUCUUGCUGGUGGCAGAUUACCGUUUCUUCAAACACAUGGGCCGCGGACAAGAGAGCGUCACUCUCAACUACCUGAUUGAGCUGAUCGAUCGAGUAGAUGACAUUUAUAGGAACACAACCUGGGACGAUGAAUUCAAAGGCUACGGGGUCCAGAUCAAUCAGAUCAUCAUCAACAAGGAGCCUACAAAGCCUCCCGGUGGCCAUGCUGCCACAGGCUGGGUCCACUAUAACAUGGAGAACAGCCCCGUCAAAGGAAAAGAGGUCUGGGACGUAAAGAAGCUUCUGGAGCAAUUUAGCUCAGACUUGGCUGACAACGCCUCCACCGUGUGUCUGGCCCACCUGUUUACCUACCAGGAUUUCGAUGAGGGCACCCUGGGGCUCGCCUAUGUGGCCCCUUCCAAACCUCAAGCCCUGGGCGGCCUCUGCCCAAAACCGUACUUCCCAUCUCACUCUGUGAAGAAGGCCAGUUACCUGAACACAGGUCUGACCAGCACCAAGAACUACGGCAAAACCAUCCUGACAAAGGAGGCGGACUUGGUAACCACUCACGAGCUCGGCCAUAAUUUUGGAGCGGAGCACGAUCCCGACAACGUCCCUUACUGCGCUCCCAGUGACGACCACGGGGGGAAGUUCGUCAUGUACCCCAUCGCUGUGAGCGGAGACCAUGUCAACAACAAGCGCUUCUCCAACUGCAGCAAGAUCUCCGUAGGGAAGACGUUGCGUUCCAAGGCCCCGAUGUGCUUCAAGGAGAGGAACAGUAAGGUAUGUGGGAACUCCCGGGUUGAGGCUGGCGAGGAAUGCGACCCGGGCCUCCUCCACCUGAACGACGACCCCUGCUGCUCAGCCGACUGCAAAUUCAAAAGUGGCGCUCAGUGCAGUGACAGAAACAGCCCUUGUUGUAAGAAGUGCAGGUUUGAGGAGGCAGGAAUAAGGUGCCAGGAACCCAUCAGUGCCACCUGUAAAGGCACAUCCUCCUGCACAGGCAACAGCAGUCAGUGUCCGCCUCCCAAAAACGCCGUGGACAACACGCUGUGCGUUGACAACGGCCGGUGUCUCAAUGGAGACUGCAACCCUUUCUGUGAGGCCAUGCAGAACCUUCAGUCCUGUGCCUGCAACGAGACGGAGGACUCCUGUAAAGUUUGCUGCAGGCGAAAAGACGGCACCUGCUCUCCUUUCAGGCAGAACGGCAGUUUUAUUUUUCUGCGCAAAGGGAAGCCCUGCACUGUGGGCUUCUGUGACGGAGGGGGAAAGUGCAUGAAGCAGGUGCAGGACGUGAUCGAGAGGUUGUGGGAUUUCAUCGACAAGCUGGACAUUAACACAUUUGGGAAGUUCCUGGCCGAUAACAUAGUGGGCUCCGUUGUGGUGUUUUCACUCAUCUUCUGGAUUCCUCUCAGCAUCCUAGUUCACUGUGUGGACAAGCGACUCGACGAGCAGUAUGAAGAUAACACCAAGUCCUUCUACUGCACUCCAAGCCAGAUGGUGGAAGUUUGUAGUAGAGCUCCGGCCAUAGAGUCAAGAAAUGCUGAACAACCUCGAGUCGGCGUCCGUGCGCAUCGUCAAACCUCCUCCGCCUCCCUCCUCCUGCGCCGGCCGGAUCGCGCCCUCCUCCCUGCCCCCACAGCAGAGCCAGCCAGGGGCCUCCCCCGCGGCCAGCACCAGUACCCUGGCCCCCGGGCCGAGCUCCGCCCUCACCCCGGACAGCGCAGGGGGGCCGCGGAUGGCCACCAUCCAGGAGGACAGCAGCAACGACUCUCGCCUGGGCGAGGAAGGCCCGCCGGACGAUUUCACAACCGCAGGAGCCUCCUCGUCGGCUACGAAAUCCUCCUACGAGGAUCUGACCGAGCUGAACCCAUUGGCCAAGGAUCGGCGCCGCCUCAAGAGGCAAGAAUGCAUUGACGCCAAAGAGACAGAGUGCUGAGAGGAGAUCGACAGCAACUUUUUAGGUUACCUUUUUUCUUUUUUAACAAGAACCAACGUGUACAGGCAGCCUAACACGCGCGCUUUAGGGAACAUACAAAUAUAUGCAAUUUUUUUUCCUUGCAAAAUCAGACUGCAACUGAAUAAUGGUAACCUUGAUGUAGAUAUUAUUCACUCACAGCUCAUGCAUAGCUAGUUACAAUAUAAGUGUUUGUCUGAUUCUUUUGUAUUUUAUCAGUUUAUCAGGAGGGGCCCCGCCAGAUUAACCCUGAGAUAUAUAUUUUUUUCUGAACCAAGUGGCCAGAUGUUUUCAUAAUACGUCCUGUUUCACGAGUUAUGUUAUUAACAUGUGAACGACUUAACAUUUUGAGUAUUGUUGUGCUAAUUUUACAGUCCAAAGCAAUUUUCCAGCGUGAGAUGUAAAGCAGCAAACUUGGACUUUGUUUUGUCCUGAAUCUGUGUAAAACUGCACUUUUCAGUAUUUUUCCACAUCACUGGAGAAUUGAAUUAAGUUUUAUACAUCUUCUUCCUGCGCUGUUAAUGGUUUAUUUUUAAAAUGUGUCGUCCUGUGAAACAUUUUGCCCUGUUGCACUUAAAAGGCCUUAUUUAAUAAUGCACUGGGCUCCGUGGUAGUCUUCAGUAAUACACGUGUUUGUCCAGCUGGGAAAAGCUUAAGGUUACAUUGUCUUUAGAAAACAUGGUGCCUUUUCUGAUUUAUGGCCUGAGUGUCCUACUUCCACUAAAUGAACCUGGCGCUGAACAAUCCUGAAUUUAAAUUUUAAAAGAAACUCCCUGUGGUGCUUAUUGUGUUAUUUUUCCAUUUGAUAUUCUGUCUUUGUGCCAAUGUAAGUUAUACACCUUUGUUGUCUUAUACCGUAUCGCCACUGUUAAAUAUAAGAAAAUAAGAAAUGUACUUACAGUAGGUCAAGAGAAAAAUACUAUAGAGCUAAUAUUGACCACUGGAUUGAUGUGAACUGUUAACAAGACAAUGUGUGUUUUCUUUUUAAAGUUUUGUUUGCUUGGUUUCUUUAAACAAAAUAAAAAUCUUUAUUGUGCAUUUUA